UUAGCUCCAUAGCAAGGCAUUACGUACUUACUACCUUUAGUCCUUGACCAUCAUAUCAGCCAAAGUAAAAGUACUACCUCCCACUUCCUGGACUUGACAAUUAGUACUCUUGUAACAUGAAAGGAGUAUUAUCCUCAGUUAAAGCCCCAUGGAAGCUCCGAUCAUGGGAUAAAUUUUCGAGGCUGGUGAGGGAGCAGCGGACUCGACUUUACAUCAUGUGGAGGUGCACUAUCAUACUUCUUUGCUGGGAUGAGUGACAGAGAUCGAAGACACUGCUGUAGAUAAUUAGGGAUGCUUGGCACGCGUCAGAAGUACCGCAGGCAAGUGUAUGGAAUAAUGUGCUUGGCUGCUGAGUUCUAUUAGAUUGGAUGCUAAAGUUAAAGAGAAAUUGUGUAAAAUGUUUAUUACUUUACAGAUUACUACCUUACGAAGAGUAAUGCUAGUAUUACAUGUAUUGAUGGCAUUUUAGACCAUAUCUCUGUAAUGUGGCCGUAGUGCAUUAUAUGAUACAACUAGUUUAGUUUG